GCUUUACGGCAGCCGUGCACUUCCUUUAGCUUCGGCACCGUGUCACGGUUUUUCACAGUGUGAGAACCGGCGGAAUUAAAGAGCCGUGUGCGGUGACACGUCGUUGACGAAACAUGGCCAAGUUUCUCGCCCCCGUGAUCCAGGACAACCCGUCCGGAUGGGGUCCGUGUGCGGUCCCCGAGAAGUUCAAGGACAUGCCUUACCAGCCGUUCAGCAAAGGAGACCGUCUAGGAAAGGUCGCUGACUGGACUGGAGCAACUUACCAAGACAAGAGAUACACAAAUAAGUAUUCCUCUCAGUUCGGAGGCGGCAGUCAGUACGCUUACUUCCACGAGGAGGAUGAGACCAGCUUCCAGCUGGUGGACACCGCCAAGACCCAGAAGACGGCGUACCAGAGGAACCGCAUGAGGUUUGCUCAGAGGAAUCUGCGUCGGGACAAGGACCGCAGGAACCUGACCCAGUUCAACAUGCAGACACUCCCGAAGAGCGCCAAGCAGAAGGAGCGUGAUCGUCUGCGGCUCCAGAAGAAGUUCCAGAAGCAGUUUGGUGUCCGUCAAAAGUGGGACCAGAAGUCUCAGGCACAGCUGAAGCCCAGAGACUCAUCAGUGGAGGUAAGAAGUGAUUGGGAGGUGAAGGAGGAGAUGGACUUCCCCCGACUGAUGAAGAUGAGGUACAUGGAGGUGGCUGACCCCACUGACAUUGAGUGCUGCGGUGCCUUGGAGUAUUACGAUAAAGCUUUCGACCGAAUUACCACCCGCAACGAAAGGCAGCUGAAGAGCAUCAAGAGGAUCUUUCACACGGUCACCACCACCGAUGACCCCGUCAUCCGCAAGCUGGCUAAGACUCAGGGUAACGUGUUUGCCACCGACGCUAUCUUGGCCACCCUGAUGUGCUGCACGCGCUCGGUGAACUCCUGGGACAUCAUCGUGCAGAGAGUGGGCAACAAGCUGUUCUUCGAUAAGAGGGACAACUCUGACUUUGAUCUGCUCACUGUGAGCGAGACGGCCAACGAGCCGCCACAGGACGAGGGCAACUCCUUCAACUCCCCCCGUAACCUGGCGAUGGAGGCCACGUACAUCAACCACAAUUUCAGCCAGCAGUGUUUACGAAUGGGUCAAGAGAGGUACAAGUUUCCCACCUCCAACCCCUUUGUGGAGGAGGACGCGGACAAGAGCGAGGUGGCAUCUGUGGCCUACAGAUACCGUCACUGGAAACUCGGGGAGGACAUCGACCUGAUCGUGCGCUGUGAACACGACGGAGUCAUGACCGGAGCUAACGGAGAAGUGUCCUUCAUCAACGUCAAGACCCUGAACGAGUGGGACUCCAGGUAUUGUAACGGCGUGGACUGGCGUCAGAAGCUGGACUCUCAGAGAGGAGCCGUCCUGGCCACAGAGCUGAAGAACAACAGCUACAAACUGGCCCGUUGGACCUGCUGUGCCAUGUUGGCUGGAUCUGAGUACCUGAAACUGGGGUACGUGUCUCGGUACCACGUGAAAGACUCGGCUCGCCACGUCGUCCUGGGCACACAGCAGUUCAAACCCAACGAGUUUGCCAGCCAGAUCAACCUGAGCAUGGAGAACGCCUGGGGAAUCCUCCGCUGUGUCAUCGAUAUCUGCCGCAAGCUGGACGAGGGCAAGUACCUGAUCCUCAAGGACCCCAACAAGCAAGUGAUUCGUGUGUACAGUCUGCCUGAUGGGACCUUCAGCUCUGAUGAGGACGAGGAGGAAGAAGAGGAUGAAGAGGAUGAGGAGGAGGAAGAUGAAGAGAACUGAAGUGUGACCUGCAUCGUACGUGUGAUGGAAACGACUCGAUUCCUUUUGACUUUCAAUAAAGAAAACAAAUUGGCCAACA